AUGUAAAAGAAUUCGAAGCCUGAAUUUCUUCAGAUCCCCUCUUAAACUAAGAGUGUGAAUAAGAUAAACAUGAUUGAAGUGAAAAACGAAGGAAUGAUACAUGAUGUCUGCUAUGAUUUUUUUGGAACAAAGAUUGCGUUAGGAUCAUCAGAUGGACAUAUAGAGAUUUAAGAAAUUAAUGUCAAUUCGUUUAAAUCAGAGUAACAGAAAGACAUAUUGUCAUAUAAAAUUCCUGACUUCUAACAUAAGGGACCAGUUUGGUAAUUGAGUUGGUCUAAUCCAAAAUAUGGGAAUAUUUUAGCCUCCUGCUCUUUCGAUAAAACUAUUUGUCUCUUCAAGGAAUAAAAAUUUGGCAAAUAUUCUUUGUUGCUUUAAUUGUCAGAACACAAGGAAUCAGUUCAAUCCAUCUAAUGGUCUUAUCGAAAAUUGAUAUUGGCAGCUGGAGUAGCAGAUGGGAGUGUACAUAUCUAUUACAGAAAGAAGAAUGGAUAAAUAAAAAAUUAAUAGGAUUGGGAACAUAAAUCUGAAAGUUAGCAUAUGUCUUGCGUAAAUCAAGUGAGUUGGGUUAGAGAUAAAGAAUUGGAUUUUGCAACUUGCAGUACUGACAAGUCAAUAAGGAUAUGGAAGGUAACAACUCCAAUAGAUGGAGAAUAUAAAUUGUCUUAGAUCUAGCAUAUCCCAUGUGACAGUUGGGUUAGAUCUAUUGAUUGGGCAGCUGAGUAAUUUAAUUAAAAUUAAAUAUUGGCUGCGGGAUUGGAAUCAUCUUAAGUUGAGAUCUACUAUUUGAAAUGGGAUUAAAACAAUGACAAAAAAGUAAGCAUAAGCAAAGAAAUUUCAUUGCAAACUAAGGGACCUUGUUGGAAAGUGUAAUGGUCUCCAUUGGGAAAUCAAUUGGCGAUUUCAACGUUGGAUGAUAAGAAUGAUCCUUUUGUUUAAGUGUAUAGAUAAUUGCAAAAUGGUGAGUUUGCAGAAAUCUGA